AACACUACAGCAAUGGCGGACUUUAGUCGAAAGCGUACAGGAGGGAAAAGAUGUGUCGCUGGAGCACCAAAUAAGACGAGUUGUAGCAAUAAUUCAUACACACCUGGUAUAACGAUGCAUCAGUUCCCUUCUAAUCCAGAAAUAAGAUCGAAAUGGGUGAAAUUUGUCCAAGUACAUAGACCAGAAGACUUCAAGGAACCCGUGAAUAAACAUGCUUGCUUGUGCUCUGCACACUUCGAAGAUUCAUGUUUUACCCGAGAUCUUACUAUCGUUGAAAGCAUGAGCGAACAAAACUUGCGCCGAGUGUUAAUGAAGGGUUCAGUGCCAACGAGAGAUACGACAAAAGCUCCAACGACUCCGAUUUUAACUCAAAGGGAGAAAAGACAGAUAAAACGAGAUGUACUGAAAAGUCUUGACGUUUAUGAUCCCGUCAAUAAACGGAGAAAAGUUGUGGAGGAAGAAAUAUACUCAGAAGAAACGACAGAGAGUGUGGAAGGAAAUCAAAUAUCAGUUGAUAUGGCUACAUCGCCUACAAGCUCCACCGUAACAACAGUGAUGCCACACCCGCCAGAAACACCAAGAAACAGCCUUGUUAUUUCUCCAAGUAUGCCAACAACAAGUACACCAGCAACAAGUACAUCAACAACAAGCACACCUAGAUCGUGUAAAGAAUGCCUGAGAAGGUCGCAAAAUUGUAGAAAUCUCAGAAAAGCCAAUAUAAAGUUGAAACGAAAAGUUGCAGAACUAAGGCAUUUGACCAAAGAACUAAAAAGCGUAAGUAGUGACGCCCAAAAGUGGACCCUACAGAGAUUUAUACAAUGCCUUGAUUCUACUGUGUUUGGCUGGUGUGAUUCGUUUAAUAACUUUAUGUGACAUAUUGAUCU